AUGGAUGUACACCCAACAGCAAUUUUGGUGGUUGUUCUGGUGCUGCUUUCUUGGGUUGGGACAGUGAGUUUCUCUUAUGGAAAUCCAAAUGCCAUCCAUUGUAGGGCAGAGGAAAGAGAAGCCCUUCUCGAGUUUAAAAAAGGUCUCAGGGACCCUUCCAACCGCCUCUCUUCGUGGGUAGGUGACGAUUGUUGCAGGUGGAGAGGAGUUCGCUAUGACAACACUACCAGUCAUGUUCUCCAUCUCAACCUCUCCAAUCCAAUCGACUUUAGUAUUAAUGAUCUUCCUAUUUAUGAUUUUUACGGUUAUGGUUCUCAUUUGGAUGCUUUCAUGAGGUCCAGGUUGGGUGGGAACAUAAGUGGUUCAUUGCUGCAGUUAAAGCAUCUCCAGCACUUAGACUUGAGUCGCAAUGAUUUUGGAGGGCUUAAAAUUCCUAAUUUCUUUGGUUCCCUCGGCUCUCUCACAUAUCUUAACUUGUCUUCGGCAGGAUUUGUUGGCUCCAUUCCACCUCAGAUUGGGAAUCUUUCAAGUUUGUGUUAUCUUGAUCUUGGCAGCAAUUUUAAUGAUUUUGUUUUUGGAAAUAAUAAUGAUUUGUACGUUACAAAUGAUGACGUAAGAUGGAUUUCUCAUCUCACUUCAAUUGAGUUUCUAGACAUGAGUAAUGUGGAUCUCAGUAAGGCAUCCAGUAAUUGGCUACAGGUGAUGAGCAUGCUCCCUUCCUUAUCCACUUUACACUUGUCUAAUUGUUCGCUCGAUAACACUCUUCCACUUUCUCAUGCCAAUUUUUCUUCUCUUUCUACCCUUGAUCUCUCCAAUAACCUCUUCGAUUCUUCAACAUUUGGCUGGUUCUCUGGUCUUCCUUCUCUUCUCUCGCUCCGUCUGAGAAGCAACCAUCUUCUAGGGGGUUCAAUUCUCGUCUCUCUACAAAACAUGACAACUCUUCAAAUGCUUGAUCUUUCUGAUUGUGAGCUCAACUCUACAGUACCAGAAUGGUUGUAUGGUAUGACUACCCUCCGAAACCUAGAUCUUUUUGGAAACGGUCUUCAAGGUACAAUUUCAGGUGCUAUUGACAAUCUUACGUCACUCACAGAACUCUGGCUAUCUAAAAAUGACCAUGAAGGAAGAAUCCCAAGAUCCUUGGGAAAUCUUUGCUGUUUAAGAGCUUUAGAUUUGUCAUGGAACCAACUCAAUGGAGAUAUAUCUGAAUUUUUGGGUCAUAAUUCAUGCAUCCAAGAGACACUGGAGUUUUUGGAUUUCAGACGAAAUCACCUAUCAGGUCAAUUGCCCGAUCAAUUAGCAAAAUUUAAAACUUUGUCCAAUCUUGAUAUUUCUGUCAACUCCAUUUCUGGUCCAAUUCCUGCGUCCAUAAGGAAAUUGUCAUCGCUAAGGGACUUGGAUAUUUCUUUCAAUUUUUUCAAUGGGAGCAUUCCAGAAAGUCUUGGGAGUUUCUCAAAAUUAGAAGGGCUGGACAUCGGUACCAAUUCCUUCCAGGGCACCAUUUCAGAAGUGCACUUGGAAAAUCUGACGAGGCUGAAAUAUUUUUAUGCUAAUCAGUUAAAUCAGCUGGCCUUGCAAAUGGCUGGAAACGCAGAAGAAUCUCAGGUUUUUAAUACUACGCAACGCAUCAAUAUCAGAUGUCAUCCCAGCUUGGUUGUCUAG